CCCAUACGCAGAAACAAAUCUCUCUCUCUUUCUCUCUCUCUCCUGUGAGAAAAUCAUAAGUUUGUUAAGCCAACGAUGAUGGUGAGGACAUUGUCGAAAUCAUUUCGAUCCUUAAAACCCCAUAGCCCUAAUACGAAUCUGAACUCGAAAAUACCAAAAUCUCUUUCUUCAAAUCGACAAUUAUCACCACCACCACCACCAUCAUCGUUGUCAUCUUCAUCGUCAAAUAGCUCAACAAAGCGUCCUUGGUCUGUAUAUCUCAUCCUUUCCACCAACAUCCCCAUCAAAACUUACGUCGGCGUCACCACCAAUGUCUCUCGCCGCCUGAAACAACAUAAUGGUGAACUGAGAGGUGGUGCAAAAGCUUCCCGUGCAGGAAGGCCAUGGGUUUGUGCAUGCAUCAUUCGUGGAUUUAAGGAUAAAAGUGAAGGUAUUUGUUUAACAUAAAUUAUAACAAUAAGAGACUAGGGGUGACCUCCAUUUUUCCUUAUUUUGAGAG